CUGGCUUGGCGAUUGGGCAGAAUUCGAUGGCUCUGCUACUGAAGUAGUCACCGAAGAGCGCAGUCUGAGGAAAAAUUGGAGAUCUGCGUUUUACUAAGUGAAAGGACCCAAGGGGAUCACAAGCUGCUUUGUUAUUCUGGCAGGUGUAAAGUGCUAUGCAUUUCCAGGAGUGGUUACGGUCACUUCGCUCCAACGCGGGACUCAAAGGUUCUGAAUCAGAGGACUUCUGGAGUCUUCUGCCGUCUCUGCCCCUGUCCUCCUUCUCCCUGUCCUCCCUGUCUCUGUCGCCCUCCUCUCUGCUAGGUUUAGGAGCCCUGGCCUCCCUCACUGCAUACUGGCUGGCGACCCGUCCGCGACCCAUGCGUCCCCCCUGUGAUCUGCAAGCCCAGUCUGUAGCUGUAAACGGAGAUCCCAGCUGCAGGCGAUCGGCUCUUCUCAAAGAUGACUCGCUGCUUGAUUUUUACUACGAUGAUACCAGGACGGCCUACGACAUGUUCCAGAGAGGCCUGAAGAUAUCAGGAAAUGGCCCGUGCCUCGGCUCCAGGAAGCCGGGCCAGCCCUACCAGUGGAUCUCCUACACUGAGGUGGCCGAGCAGGCGCGGGUGCUGGGCUCCGGGCUGUUGGCUAAAGGCUGCCAGCCGACCCCGCAGCAGUUUGUUGGGAUAUUUGCACAAAACAGACCAGAGUGGAUAAUCUCAGAGCUGGCCUGCUACACUUACUCCAUGGCGGUGGUGCCUCUGUACGACACACUGGGGCUGGAGGCCAUGGUCCACAUACUCAACCUGGCGGAGAUCUCUCUGGUGAUCUGUGACCGCGAGGAGAAGGCAGCGUCUCUGUUAGAGAACAAGGAGAAAGGCGUAACUCCGAAGCUGUCCUGCCUGGUUCUCUUUAACAAUUUCAGUGAAGCCUUGGUGGAGAGGGCGAAGACCUGCGAGGUGGAGGUUUUGAAACUGGAGCAGCUCAUGGACCUGGGAAGGCAGAACCUCAAAGAUCCUGUGCCGCCCCAGCCCCAGGAUCUGGCCGUGGUUUGCUUCACCAGUGGAACCACAGGGAAACCCAAGGGAGCCAUGAUCACCCACGGCAACAUCGCCUCCAACACUUCCUCUGUCAUUAAGAUCCUGGAGGGUUCGUUUGUGAUCCAGCAAGAGGAUGUGUCGAUCUCAUACCUGCCUCUUGCCCACAUGUUUGAGAGGAUGAUUCAGGUCUCUAUGUUCUGCCAUGGGGCCAGAGUAGGAUUCUACCAAGGGGACAUUUCCCUUCUAAUGGACGACAUUAAAACUCUCAAACCUACCUUCUUUCCCGUUGUGCCUCGAUUACUCAAUCGCAUCUAUGACAAGAUUCUGGGUUCUGUGACCUCUCCAUUGCGACGGGCUUUGCUUCACUACGCUGUGAGGAGAAAGCAGGCGGAGCUCAGCAGCGGGGUUGUACGUAAUAACAGUCUGUGGGACAAACUGGUGUUCAACAGGAUUCAGGCCAGUUUGGGAGGUAAUUUACGGUUUGCCCUGACUGCUUCAGCACCCAUCUCCCCCACGGUGCUGUCCUUCCUCAGAGCCACUCUGGGCUGUCUGAUAUUCGAGGGUUAUGGUCAGACAGAGUGCACUGCAGGCUGCACUUUCUCUAUGCCGGGAGACUGGAGCGCAGGUCAUGUUGGUGCUCCUUUACCCUGUGCCAUGGUGAAGCUGGUUGACAUCCCUGACAUGAACUACUAUGCUAAGAAUGGAGAGGGAGAGAUCUGCAUCCGUGGCCCCAGUGUGUUUAGAGGCUACCUGAGGGACCCAGAGAGGACGGCUGAGGCCUUGGACAGUGACGGCUGGCUGCACAGUGGGGAUGUAGGCCAGUGGCUUCCUAACGGGACACUACGCAUCAUUGAUAGAAAGAAGCACAUCUUCAAGUUGUCCCAGGGGGAGUACAUUGCUCCGGAGAAGAUAGAAAAUGUCUACACGCGUUGUGUUCCUGUGCUCCAGGUGUUCGUGCAUGGAGAUAGUUUACAGUCUUAUCUCAUAGGCAUAGUUGUGCCUGACCUCGAGGUGUUUGUUGACUGGGCUAAAGAGCGGGGAUUUGUGGGGUCCUAUGAAGAGCUGUGCCAGAAUCCUGAUGUAAAGAAUGCAGUGUUAGAGGACAUGAAAGCCGUGGGGAAGGAAGCAGGGCUGAAAUCCUUUGAACAAGUGAAGGACCUUCACUUGCAUCCGGAGAUGUUUAGCGUCGCCAAUGGCCUUCUCACACCCACCCUGAAAAGCAGACGCGCUGACAUCCGCAGAGUCUUUCAGGAACAGAUAUCAAGCAUGUACAGCACAACAGCCAUUUAAAAGACUCUACUCAGUAAUUCACACACAGCACCCAAGGGUUAGUGGUGUCCAAUAAGGGGGG